UCAAAUUCGAGGCUGACUAGACUCUAUGUCAUCUGUACUUAUGAUUCUCCAGAUCUCAAUCUUCAAAUCUUUCUUUUAUUAGACGUUUGUUAGUAUGUCAUUUUUAAGGUUCUUUCAACAGCUACCCACCUCUUCAAUCUCUCCUGUUUUUUUCUUUCUAGUUGGAACUGUACCACGUUUUCUUCAAGAACUCUAAUGGGGGCCUGAGCCCAGGUAGGGUUAGCAAUAUGUAAAGAUAUGGUUACAUCAUUCGAUAAUAAGAAUAAGGGCUAAGUGAGUCGAGUAAAGUCUUGAUAUAAGGUAAAGAUGAUGAAGCAGCAAAAAGCGUUUCUAACGGUUGCUCCCUUUGAAUGUGCCUGGCGCGAUGAUUUGAGGUUCAGGGAAGCUGGGAGGGGAUGCGUGUCAUUUGAAGCUUUUGCUCUCAAUGAUGUCACAAUUGUUUUUCGUGAGCAUGUUGGCAGCCAGCAAUACCAUUACAAAAGGGACAACAGUCCUCACUAUACCGUGAUUAUUGGUAGCCAUAAGAACCGUAGACUGAAAAUUGAAGCAGAUGGAAAAACAGUUGUUGAUGAAGCAGGGGGCGGACUAUGUUGCUCUACUGCAUUUCAGAGUUACUGGAUAAGUUUCUACGAUGGGUUGAUCAGCAUUGGCACGGGAAGGUACCCUUUUCAGAAUCUUGCUUUCCAGUGGCUUGACACAAACCCUAGUUGUACUGUACAGUAUGUUGGGCUUAGUAGCUGGGAUAAACAUGUUGGAUAUCGAAACGUUAAUGUAAUGCCACUAACACAGAACCACAUAUCCUUGUGGAAGCAUGUAAACUGUGGUAAAUAUGAAGGAGAGUAUGAAAGUGAAGGUGAAGACGGAACAGAAGAUGAAAGGCGGUGUCAUGAAACUUGGGGCCUGGAAAAUUUUCUUGAGAGUUGGGAGCUAUCUGAUAUAUUCUUCCUUGUUGGCAAGGAGAAAAGAGCAAUCCCAGCUCAUAAGGUUAUAUUAGCAGCAUCUGGUAAUUUUGGUUUAAGUAUGUCUGCCAAAGACAUUAUUGAGCUUGAGGAUGUAACCUAUUCGGUGCUGCAUUCCUUUCUUCAGUUCAUUUACACAGGCCGAACAUGGGUUCCAGUGUCACAACUGAGCACUUUGAGGACCCUAAGUUUGCAUUUUGAAGUGAAUUCACUGGCAAAGAAGUGUGAUGAAUUCAUUGAGCGUUUCAAGAUCAAUAAAAGGUUGUUCGACUCAGCUAACAGCGUAGAAAUAUUAUAUCCAAGCUCUCGUCCCCACUGUGGGGUGUCCUUCCCUUCUGGAGUACCUUUAGAUCUUAAUAAGCUUAAAAGUUACUAUAUCAGUGGUGAGUACAGCGAUGUGGAAAUUCAUAUUGAAGGGCAUGAUCUCUUUUUCCGGUCACAUAAAGUGCUACUCAGUUUAUGGAGUGUCCCGUUUACAAAGAUGUUUACCAAUGGAAUGAGUGAAAGCAUGUCAACAGAGGUUUGCUUGAAAGAUGUUUCACUUGAAGCUUUCAAGAUAAUGCUUGAAUAUAUGUACAGUGGGGAAUUCAAUAAGGAAAACAUCAUGGAUAUAGGUAUCUUGCUACUCCAACUACUUCUAUUGGCUGAUCAGUUUGGAGUUUCUGCCCUGCAUCAGGAGUGCUGCAAAACUCUGUUGGAAUGCUUAUCGGAGGAUUUGGUCUGCCCAAUCCUUCAGGUGAUUUCAUCCAUAUCAUCAUGCAAACUUAUUGAAGAAACAUGCGAGAGGAAAUUUGCAAUGAACUUUGACUACUGUACAACUUCAAGCGCUGAAUUUGUCUCGCUAGACGAGCAGAAUUUUACCAAUAUUCUUCAGCAUAUAGAUUUGACAGUUAUAUCAGAAGAACGAGUCCUCAAUGCAAUUCUAAUGUGGUGUUUGAGGGCAGAGGACUUGCAUGGCUGGGAGUUAGUAGAGGAAAAGAUAUUGAAUUCUUCACCUGAACUUCUUUUUGGGGACAGACUUCAGUCUUUGAAUAAGUUCUUACCGCUGGUGCGCUUCUCAUUACUUCCACAUGCCUUGCUUAAAAAGCUCGAGUGGAGUAUGCUUAGCAAACAGAUUAGUGCAUUAGAUUAUCAAGUGAAAGAGGCCAUCAACUUCUUAGAACUUGGGAUGGUCAGCCCAGGACAAGAUCAGAAGUUUCAACAUAGAAGAUCUAGUUUUAGAGAGUUCCAGUACAUAUGUGAUGGGGAUAGCAACGGAGUUCUGUACUUUGCUGGUACAUCUUACGGGGCACAUCAGUGGCUGAAUCCUGUUCUAGCCAAGAGAAUUACAGUUACUGCUAGCACUCCUGUUUCAAGAUACACUGAUCCAAAGGUUUUGGUAUCAAGGACAUACCAGGGAACAUCUUUUGCUGGGCCUUUGAUUGAGGAUGGAAAAGUCAGUUCUUGGUGGAUGGUUGACAUUGGAAAUGACCAUCAGCUCAUUUGCAACCAUUACACUUUAAGACAGGAUGGGUCGAGGGCCUUUAUAAGGAGCUGGAAUUUUCAGGGAUCUGUUGAUGGGAAGAACUGGACAAACUUGAGAGUGCACGAGAAUGACCAAACUAUCUGCAAGCCUGGUCAAUUUGCUUCGUGGCCUGUUACUGGUUCCAAUUCCCUCCUUCCAUUUAGAUUUUUCAGAGUUUGUUUAACAGCACCCACAAGUGAUGAUACCAACCAGUGGUCACUUUGCACUUGCUUCCUGGAACUCUAUGGCUAUUUUCGUUGAUUAUAAGUGUAUUAAUUUUGGAUUAGUUGCUUUUAGUUACCUCAGAGUUCGUCAUGUUUGUCGUAGUUAAUUUUGAUGUUACAUCAUUUGGGUUACUAAUAUGAAAGACCACAUUACAGAAAGAAACAGAAUCAAGCUUUUGUUGGC